AUGGGCGAAUCCCGACAAGAGCUCCUGGCAUGGUUGAACAACCUGCUCCAGUUGAACAUCACCAAGAUCGAGCAGUGCGGAACCGGUGCUGCGCUAUGCCAGAUCUUUGAUUCGAUAUUCAUGGACGUGCCCAUGUCCCGGGUCAAGUUCAACGUCAACAGCGAAUAUGCUUAUCUCCAGAACUUCAAAGUCCUCCAGAAUAUCUUUACCCGUCACCAAGUCGUGAAGCCCAUCCCCGUCGAGUCCCUCACCAAAUGCCGUAUGCAGGACAACCUGGAGUUCCUCCAGUGGGUGAAGAGAUACUGGGACCAGCACUACCCCGGUGGUGAAUACGAUGCUGUUGGCCGCCGAAAGGCCUCUGGAGCUCCCGCCGCCGCUCCAGGUGGUGCUCCCCGGGCUCCUUCCUCUGGUUCCCGCCGGGGAGUCACUCCCACCACAGCUGCCCCGCGCGGUCCGCGGGUGGCCGCCGCUGCGGGCGGUGGUGCCGCGAGUGCGGCUUUGCAGCAGGAGAUUGCCACACAGAAGGAGGCUAUCACUGGUCUUGAGAAGGAGCGGGACUUCUACUUUGCCAAGCUGCGUGAUAUCGAGCUGCUGCUGCAGACUGCCAUUGAGGAGAACCCGGAGAUUGAGAAGGAGGAGGACACGCUGGUGAAGCACAUCCAGGGCAUUCUGUACUCGACCGAGGAUGGAUUCGAGAUCCCCGCUGAAGAUGAGGAAGGCGUGGCUGAUGACCUGGAGACAUUCUAG